AGGCGUCGGCCAUUGUCCAAUGAGCUGAAGACUAAAGAGUGUGGGAGAAGAGUCGAGCUCGAAACCCAGAAAAAUAAUGGCGCGUUCUCUGCAGUUGUUCCAUCCUCCGAAGCCCCUCACGCACUUCAAUCGCUUCUCAUCCACCUCCUCAAGGCCUGCUUCCGUAAGGUGUUCUGCAGCCGCCGCUCCUCCUUCCAAACGCUCCUACACCAUCACCCUCCUCCCCGGCGACGGCAUCGGCCCCGAAGUCAUUUCCGUCGCAAAAGACGUUCUUGUCCUCGCCGGCUCCUUCGAAGGGAUCACAUACGAGUUCCGAGAGAUGCUUCUGGGUGGCGCUGCAUUGGACGCCACCGGAGUCCCCAUGCCCGACGAGACCCUUGCUGUUUCGAAGCAAUCCGAUGCUGUUCUUCUUGGUGCCAUUGGAGGCUAUAAAUGGGAUAAAAACGAGAAACAUCUGAAGCCAGAGACUGGGUUGCUUCAGCUCCGGUCUGGCCUUCAAGUUUUUGCAAAUCUCAGACCAGCCACUGUCUUCCCACAGUUGGUGGAUGCUUCAACCCUUAAGAAAGAGGUUGCUGAAGGUGUUGAUCUCAUGGUUGUGAGGGAACUCACUGGCGGUAUAUAUUUUGGAAAACCCAGGGGCUUUGGGACCAAUGAAAAUGGCCAGGAGACUGGAUUUAACACUGAGAUUUACUCUGCUCAUGAGAUUGAUCGGAUAGCUCGUCUGGCAUUUGAGAUUGCUCGGAAGCGGCGUGGAAAACUUUGUUCUGUUGACAAAGCCAAUGUAUUAGAGGCAUCAAUGCUCUGGAGGAAAAUAGUUACAGAACUAGCACUGGAAUAUCCUGAUGUCGAACUCACACACAUGUAUGUUGAUAAUGCCGCAAUGCAACUGGUUCGCUACCCGAAGCAGUUUGACACAGUUUUAACAAACAACAUAUUUGGCGAUAUAUUAUCAGAUGAGGCUUCAAUGAUUACUGGAAGCAUUGGGAUGCUUCCUUCUGCUAGCAUUGGUGCUUCGGGACCUGGACUUUUUGAACCUAUACAUGGUUCUGCACCUGAUAUUGCUGGACAGGACAAGGCAAACCCAUUUGCUACUGUUCUUAGUGCUGCUAUGCUUUUGAAAUAUGGCCUUGGAGAAGAAAGGGCUGCUGAAAGAAUAGAGAAAGCAGUUCUGGACACUUUGAACAGGGGAUUUCGAACUGCGGACAUAUAUUCUGCUGGAACAAAGCUGGUUGGAUGCAAACAAGUUGGUGAAGAGAUACUGAAGUCAGUAGAAUCACAUAUUCCUGCUGCUGCAGUUUGAUAUAUAGACCAGUUCAUUUCAGUACCUGCUUUGGCUCGGAGAUCUCUAUUUUCUGGUGGGUGAUAAAUGACUAUCAAAGCCGAAAGAAUUUGUCUAUUCCAGAGUUUUGGCUUUCUCCUACAUUAUGUGUUUUGGUUUCAUAUCCUACCCAUUCUAUAUGUGCUUUAUCUGAAAAGUGGCAAUUUUCCUUUUUCUUUACCCAUAUGAUUAGUCGUUGGAAACUGCUUGUAACGAUGAUAUAAUUAGCGGUAUUUUAUUUUCUUUUUUGAAAUCCGAGGCUUCAUUUACUUGUAACAAUUACAAGCCAAUAUGCGAAAGUUAAAAGUAUCUUAUUUCUUAAAUGAUAAUUUCAUGUUUGGCGGAUAGAUCCUAUGCUGCAAA